AUGGCAAAAAAGGGAUACAAGGACAUUGUGGUGUAUUUGGAUGACUUCUUAAUUAUCGCUAAAUCCUAUGACGAAUGCCAGAACAUUCUAAACAUCUUAAUGCAGCUGUUAGUGUUACGGAAAUUGGGAUUUCACAUUAACUACAAUAAACUUGAAGGCCCAGCACAGACCCUCACGUUUUUGGGAGUAGUUCUAAAUUCACUGGCAAUGACCUUGAGUAUUCCACACGAUCGGAUAACAGAAUUGAGAGGGCUGUUAGUGAAAACCCUAAGUAAUGGAAAAAUUACUAAGCGACAGAUUCAAAGCAUAGUGGGCAAGUUAAACUGGAUAACCCAAUGCGUGUAUGGAGGACGCUUCUUCAUGAGACGCCUAAUUGACAGAGCCAAUGGUCUGAAAUGUCCAUGGCACAGAUCAAGUAUCACUAAAGAUAUGAAAGGUGAUAUAAUGUGGUGGAUCCAGUUCAUGUCAGUGUUCAAUGGAACGAUGCCUAUGGUUGACCAAAGACCAUCUACACCCGUGAGUAUCGAUGCCUGCCCCCUAGCAGGUGGGGCAUACUACUGCGGUGAUUUUGUUCACACCCCAUGGGCGGGAACCGAGGCAGCGGCAUUAGAACCAGCAGUUGCCAGAUGGGCACCCUUAUGGAAAAACAAAAAAGUGUAUGUACAUUCAGAUAAUCAAGCUGCAGUGGCCAUCAUAAAUAAAGGCUCAUAA